CAAAUUGCAUUGGCCGGACAGACCUGGAUGGCCUUUCGGGAAACGGAGGAAGAGAUCAGUCAAGUUUUCACGAAGUAUGAUGCUAACAAGGAUGGUAAAAUAUCCAAGGACGAGUUGAAAAAUGUUUUGAUGGAGUUGAAUGAAGGGAUCGCCCCUUUGCCUGCAGAAGUCGACUUCGUGAUGGAUUCAGCUGACGUGCUAGGUGAUCAGUCUUUGGGAAAGGGCGAGUUCAUGUAUGCUAUAUCCAUUUGGUACACCUUGGAAGAGGCAAAAGUGACUCAAAGCGAAUGUUGCACAAUA